CCGCCUCGGAUGCUACUGUUUAUCUGAUAACCGCCAUACAAGAGCAGUGUCUCCUUAAAGCGACACACCGGUUCAAUUGAUUAGACUACCGGAGAGAGGAGGAGAGACACACCGGGGAUGCAGAUGGAGAGAGGGAACAGCCUCCGCCGGUCGCCACCGUCUUCUCCCUGCAGGACGCCGCGUGUCGCCGCUGCAUUUCACCACCAUAAGGUUAUGAUGCCGGCUUUAAUCUGACCCUGCAUGCCUGCGGAAAAAAACUCCAAGACCCCCCUCCUCCCUCCUCUGUUCUCCGUUCUGCGAUGCACUGACUGUCAAUGCGUCACACGUUUUUCCUGCGUCGUUUCUUCCGCCGACGCGUCGCAACCUUCUAGCCUCAUAUUUAGGCUUUGCAAUUGGCUUCUUAACGCGCCCCGCGCUCUCCACUCUGUAGCCUUCAUGUCUUCAGUUUCAAGCGUCAAUAUAUCCGAGGUUUAUUGAUCACCUGUCCGGCCUUCUGCAUUUCUGCGGUCCUCUCUGCCGCCCAUGCGUCGCCGCUGCCGCGCCACCGCAUCUGCCCUCCCUCCCCACAUGGACUCUGAAAUCUACGUGAAGCGCGCGUCGUCUUCGCGUCUACGCCCUCGCUUUUGCGGUGCGCCCGGGUGCUGGCUGUCUCUUCGUCCUGGCCGGUCAGUGAUCCUCUGGUCCGGGGGGGGUGGGGGGCUUGUGUCCGCAGAGAGGCAGGAUGGUGCGGAUCGCCAGCGCGCUGGGGCUUGUCAUGUUCAGCGUGGCGCUGCUCAUCCUGUCGCUCAUCAGCUACGUGUCCAUCAAGAAGGAUUUUCUGCUCAGCACCCCCAGAUACGUACCUAAUGGAGGACCCAGGAUGUCCAUGUUCCACGCUGGGUUUCGCGAGAGGCCGCCUCGCAAACCUGACCUGAGCUCCCAGCUGGCGCUGAAGUAUCUGGAUCCAGCUUUCACUCCCCUGACCAACGCUCUCAGUGAGGACAUGCAGAACUCCUCUAAAUGGACUUACAACAGCUCUGCUUUUCUACAGCUGAAAAAGGAGAUCUCUCAAUACAUUGACAUCCCCCACAACUUCACACUGAUAAGAGACUCAGUCCGAAUCGGACAGCUGAUGCACUACGACUACUCCAGCCACAAGUAUGUCUUCUCCAUCGGCGAGAACUUCCACUCGCUCCUCCCUGCCGUCUCGCCAAUCCUCAACAAGCACUACAAUGUUUGUGCCGUGGUUGGCAACAGCGGCAUCCUUACUGGCUCCCGCUGUGGAGCCCAGAUUGAGAAGUUUGACUUUGUCUUCCGCUGCAACUUUGCGCCAACCGAGAUCUUUAAGAAGGACGUUGGCCGGCGGACAAACAUGACGACCUUUAACCCCAGUAUCCUGGAGAAAUACUACAACAAUUUACUGACUGUGCAGGACAGGAACAACUUCUUUCUGAGCCUAAAGAAGCUUGACGGCGUCAUCCUGUGGAUCCCAGCGUUUUUCUUCCACACGUCAGCCACAGUGACAAGGACGCUGGUCGACUUCUUCGUGGAACAUCGAGGUCAGCUGAAAGUCCAGCUGGCCUGGCCGGGAAACAUCAUGCAGUAUGUCAACAGCUACUGGAAAACCAAGCAGCUGUCGCCGAAACGUCUGAGUACCGGCAUCCUGAUGUACACGCUGGCGUCCUCCAUGUGCGACCAGAUCCACCUGUACGGCUUCUGGCCGUUUGGCUGGGACCCCAACACAGGAAAGGAGCUGCCGUACCACUACUAUGACAAAAAGGGCACCAAAUUCACCACCAAAUGGCAGGAGUCCCAUCAGCUGCCUGCUGAAUUCAAACUCCUCUACAAGAUGCAUACGGAGGGACUGCUGAAGCUCUCCCUCUCCCACUGUGCUUAGGGCUAAAACUGCAGCGGGUACAGCGCUCGUACAAACUCCUCGCUUCUACGGGCCAAAGCUGUUGAAAGGAUGAGGCAGACAAGGGCAUGAUUCAUGUGGUUUUUCCAAAAUCCAAAUCUUAGCUCUGAGGCUGAGUUGGUGCAAUGGGUUCUUAAAAUGUUUGACAAACCGUCUGUACAAAGCGCAACAGGUCAAGAGAUAGGGAGUCUAAUAAUUUUCUAAAAGAAUCUAAAGAUGAAGAGGAUGGUAGUUUUGGGAAAGGUUGCUGCAGCCGGACCUUUAGGCAUCGUUGCUCUUCAGCAGAGUAUCCCAACCUAGAAAUGUGUUUUAUCACUUAUUGCUCUUAACUCUAACUACAGCUACAAAUCAGCGCGCUGACUGUUUUAAACCUACAUUAGCACUGCAUUGAAGAAAGCAGAUCGCUCCUUCAUUUCUAUGAGACCACUAGAUGCAGUUUGGGUCCUGACACCACAGGCAAAAAAGUUGAACCCGACUCAAUAUUUGCUGCAAUUUAAUGCAUUGGCCAUUAGGCCAAUCAGAUAUGUGAAAGCGCACAUUGCUCAUAGAUUCAAUUGUAGAGAAAAUGAAUGUAUACUGUGUACGUAUACAAAUGUGUACGUAUAAUAUAUGAUACAUAAUGAAGUACAAGAGCAAAGGAUAAAGAGUGCAGAUCAUUUAUCUACAAGUAGGCAGCAACAGGUCUCUGGUCUCAAAUGAUGGAUGCACUACAUCCCAUCCAUCACCCUUACCUUCACACCCUUACUUUCCAAAUUGGUACAGUACAUGAAAGGCACGCUAUUUCCUGCAUUGGUACUGAACGUUGGUAUUGGACGUAAAUUAUGCUUUGCAAAUUUUGAAGAUAAUUGAAUGUCAAAGGGACUAGAGAUUACUCUAAUCGGAAACAAACAAAGAGCAUAUAAGCCAGAUGUUUGUCCCAUACAGAAGCACACUGCUUUCAUCAGACAAGAAACAUAUCUUUGAAAAAAUGUGAGUAUUGGGAGUUUUUUUUUUAAUAAACUGGUUGAGCAACAAAUCACAGCAAGAAAAAAACUUGAACUUAUGUCCUUAUUUUCACUUUGCUGGCCUGUUGCUGUGAGGAAUCAUAGAUAAUUAAAACAAAAAAGUCAUGGCCUUGACACCCAAUGUGUACAUAUUAACUAGAUCUAUUUUGUAUCAUAUCUAAUAGAAGCCCUUUUAAUCACAGAAGUAGUGAAUACAAAACUUCUAUUUUUAUCAAACAACAUUAUUUUAGGAUUGGAUUAAAUUCUGGUAAGGUUAAGGUUUUGGUCAGUCCACAACUGGGGCACUUUUGUUUUUUUGUGGUAUGAAUGUUUUUCACAUCCAUCAAGUAUGUGAAUUGUAAGUAAUUGUAUUAAUGAAAUGCUCAGUGAUGUUUGGUCCCCUGUGGUUUUUUGACAUAACUUCCAUCAUAUCAUGUAAUAUCCACAUAUUGUUAUCUAAAAUUUACAUCUGGACAUUCUCCUCAGAGAAACAUGAAUAUAAAAUGUCAGAGAGAAGUAGUGUGGUAGUUAAAGCAAAGUUAUUGUACAGUUUCAUAGUGCAAUUCACUUAUGCACUGCUGUCAUAAAUAUGUACAGCUUGCAUAGAGAGGCGAUGUCCCUCCCCUCUGGUGCAUCACCAUGGGAAAAAUAUGUUCGGGAGUGAAUAGAAACAAAUAAUUAUUUGAUCCCAUUUAUUCAAGCCAUUAAUUUACAAUUUAAAAGAUAAUUUGCAAGUAAAAAAUCUUGGUUUGUUGUAAAAUUGUUGACACAUAAGACAGACUGCUCAGUUGCAUAAGUGACGCCUCACUUUAGCUACGAUGCCUGUGUGUUUCAUAACGGAAUGUAAGGUUACUCACACCAGCAGCGUAUCUUGCUCGUUCUCCCGCUUUCUGUCUGAUAAAAUGCCAAUGAAACACGUCAGGUAAGAUAACGUUACGCUAAGCUACCUGUAAGCCAAACAGCAAGCAAGGGGACGUACAAUGUGCCAGACCAGAUAUGUAGUUCACUUAACGGUUUCACACAAAACUAAGUGUUACUACAACAAACUUUUCCACUUGCAAAAAUAUCUUUUAAAUUAACAAACGUCAUUCAUGAUUCAAUUCACAUGGGAUUAAAAAAUGAUGUGUCUGUCCAUGAUAACUUCCAUGAAUCUUUUUACCAAAUAAGGUCCCAUGGGGUCCCCGGGAAGAGAAGGGACUUUGUCUCUCUGUUUUCAAUGACUACAUUACUCAUGACCAGAAACUAUAGUUGACAACUUUGCUAACACAACCAAACAUCAAGCAAGUGCAACAACACAAGACAUAGCAAGCUAGCUAAUACUACUUACUAGUCUAACAGCAAGAUAGCCAGCUCGGCAGCUUUUUAUUUCGCAAAGUUCUCGCCAACAACUAAAAGCAAGUCCGAGAUUUACUCUUGUUUAGUGGCCUGAAAACCUCAUGCUCACAGCGGGCCAAAGGCCUGUGCUAGCAGUGUCAAUACCUACACUACUCCCCCGGUUCUGACAGCACAGCUAAAAGCGCUAACGUUGCAGUUAGCAGCAGUUAGCAGCUUUAGCUAACUAAGUAAAGCUUUCUGUCCAUCAGGAAAUUCCGUAAAUCACAGACAGUCGCAGGAGAAAGACAUUUUCUCCAUAAAAUGUCAUCCCGUGAGAACAGGUGGAGUAUGGGGAAUGCAGUGGGCUACUGACAGACGCACUGUUCUUCCUAUUACAAGUCAGUAUAGCCUCAACAUUUUGAAGCUGUUGCUUUAAAGAGUUCUCCAACAAGGCUAUUAUAUUUAACAUUUUUAGAUUUUAUUUAGGGGGUCAGAGUUCAGCAGGUAGUGAAAGAAAAAGUGAAUUUCUCUUGACAUGAUAAAUUCACUCAUGUGUUUUGUAAUGUAUUCAUAAAUUUGCUGCAAUGUGUUAAUGUGACUUUCGUCACCUUUUAUUUUUGUAAUAUAAAAAUAUCAGUCGGUAUCAGGUAACAUUUAUCCAGAAUGUAUAUUUUUGCAUUUUGAAUGGUACUAAUGAGACAGGCUACAUCCAUAUCGACAUGUCUGUAGAGAUGAAGGGUAAUAUAUACUAAAACCUGCUGUAAGAUUAAUGUUUUAUUCAUCCAGUACUUGAAAGAAAAUAUAUCUAGUCUGUAUUUAUUUAAUUAUUAAGUAAUUAAAAUAAAUGAAAUGAUCAAUU